AAGAAGAAGAAGAAGAAGUGGCGGUUCGUCUGAUUUCGCGCUGCAGUUCACCAGCAGGAUUCAGGCAUCAUGAGUGACCAUGAAGACGACAGAAUGAGCAUCAUUCACAGCCAUGACUCUAUGGGGGAUGAAGAUUUCCCUCCUCUUCCUCCUCCUCACUCCCCUGGAGGAGGAGGAGGAGGAGCUCAGAGCCUGGAAGAUCCUUUUGGAGACGCAGAGGAAGGCGAGGUGUCCAAGCUGGCUGACGUUCCUGCUGCUAAAAGGAAGGUGGUGAAGAGGCCGCAGCCGAAGCUGGACUCCCAGAGGUUGAUUUCAGAUAGAGGGCUGCCGGCUCUACGCACUUUGUUUGACAACGUCCGCUUCAAAGGCAAAGGACACGAGGCCGAGGACCUGCGGCUGCUGAUGCACAAAAUGGAGAACUGGGCCCAUAGGCUGUAUCCCAAACUGCAGUUUGAAGACUUUAUCGACAGGGUGGAGAAGCUGGGCAGCAAGAAGGAAGUUCAGACCUGCCUGAAACGGAUCCGACUGGACAUGCCCCUGACCAAUGAGGACUUCAUGGAAUCAGGGGGAAUGGAGGAACCACCGACAGACGGGCCAGGGUUCCAGGAUCCAGACCCGUUCUACAGCCAGACCCCCUUCAACAAUCCUCCAGAACCGAUCCACUCCACUCCGGCCCCCGUCGCUCUGACUCCGCCCUCCCUGACCGAGGAGCAGCGCCUGCGGAUGGAGCUGAACAGGCAGCGAGCGCUGGAGCGAAGGCUCGCCCGGCAGCAGCAGCAGCUACCAGAUUCCCAGGCUGCUACAGCGCCCUCACCAGGAAGUGAUCCUGGCUCGGUUCCUGCAGCGCAUGUCCACAAUGGUUUUGCUGAGGACGAGAAGAAGAUGGAGGACCUGGACCACCCUGUUCUUCCUCCUACAGACACAGAACCUUCUGAAGGUUCUGCAGAAUCAUCCCAGGGUGAGAAGGAGAGCAGCAGCCAUCCUGAAGCGCCUCUCCUCAGUGGUUCUACUGAGGAGGAGCAGCGUCAGACGCCUCCGUCCGAGGCUCCGGCAGAACCCCAGCCUCCGUCCGAGGCUCCGGCAGAACCUCAGCCUCCGUCCGAGGCUCCGGCAGAACCCCAGCCUCCGUCCGAGGCUCCGGCAGAACCUCAGCCUCCGUCCGAGGCUGCGGCAGAACCUCAGCCUCCGUCCGAGGCUGCGGCAGAACCUCAGCCUCCGUCCGAGGCUCCGGCAGAACCUCAGCCUCCAACCGAGGCUCCAGCAGAACCCCAGCCUCCGUCCGAGGCUCCAGCAGAACCCCGGCCUCCCUCCGAGGCUCCAGCAGAACCCCGGCCUCCCUCCGAGUUUCCGGCAGAACCCCGGCCUCCGUCCGAGACUCCAGCUCAGGUUCCCACUGUGUCUGAUCAGGGUGGGAUAGGGACCAGAGGUUCUGCUGAACAGAAUGAAAAGAUGCAAGAUACGGACCUGGAUCCAGCACUCGGACGCUAA